AGCGCUCCAACGGUGAGGGACGGGCGGCUCCAGAGACUCCGCGACUCCGCCAUCCCGGUACCGGGCACCUCGCGUGUCCCGGCGGCUCCCCCGUGCCUGGGCUCUUCCCUGGCCGCCGCCUCCGGUUUUCCCGGGGUGGCAGCACCCUAAAGCCGCGCGUGCCGGGCUUUCUUCGCCUCCCUCGGGGGCGGGAAGGGCCGUCGGGCCGGGCGGUGGAGCGGCCGCGCUCUCUCGGGGCUCCCGGGCCGGAGCGGGGCUGGGGCGGGCCGGGAGGGCGGCGGUGCGUGUGCGGCUCCCGGGCCGGAGCGGGGCUGGGGCGGGCCGGGAGGGCGGCGGUGCGUGUGCGGCUCCCGGCCGGAGCGCGGCUGCCGAACGGGAGCGGCGUUUGAGCCGCUCGGGCCGUGCCCGGGCCCGGCACGCCCAGCCAGGGCGGGAGCACCGCGGCGAUACCUGUGGGGCUGCUCGGCAGCAGGUGGUUCUGGCAGGUGCUUCUGCAACUUUGAAUUUCCUUCUUUUUUUCUCCUCCAAGCAGGCAAUCAUGAGUGAUCGAAAGGCAGUGAUCAAAAAUGCGGACAUGUCAGAAGAGAUGCAGCAAGACUCGGUGGAAUGUGCAACUCAAGCCUUGGAGAAAUACAACAUUGAGAAGGACAUCGCUGCUCACAUAAAGAAGGAAUUUGACAAGAAAUACAAUCCCACGUGGCACUGCAUCGUGGGAAGGAAUUUUGGCAGCUACGUGACUCACGAGACCAAGCACUUCAUCUACUUCUACCUCGGCCAAGUCGCUAUUCUUCUUUUCAAGUCUGGCUAAACCAUGGACUGUUACUGAAACUUGCACCUGAGUACAGGACUGCACACUGAUUCCCACCUUCAGCCUUCCUGGGGAAACACAUCUUGAUCUUCAGGUCUUUUGUUGUAUUGUUAAUGGUCAGGGAUUUUGCUGUAGCGGCUGGUAUUUUCAUUGUGGCUAUAUAGAAAAGUAAAAAUGUCUUCCUUGUAUUUAUUUUCUUUCAAAAGAUUGCUUCUUUGCUAAUAAAACCGUUGGAACAAGUUUA